AGAAACGGAACUACAAUCCAACAUGAAUCGUGCUUCGGUGGUGCUGCUGCUGAUGGCCUGUCUGACGGUCCUGGCCGAGGGCCGCUAUGCCAAGGUGAACCUCAAUCUGGGCCUGACAGUGGCCGAUGAGGCACCGCGUCCCCUCAGCGAGGCCAUGGUCCGCCUGUGUGGCGAGCAGACGGACAUUGCCCUCCAGCAGCACGACCUCUCGCAUCCCUCCGAGCCCGUCCAGUGCUUCACCCACUGCCUCUACGAGCAGAUGGGCCUCCUGCACGACGGCGUCUUCGUGGAGCGCGACCUGAUCGGCCUCCUGUCGGACGCCAGCAAUCCGGCCGCCUGGCCAGAGCGCCAGUGCCACGCGAUCCGUGGCUCCAACAAAUGCGAGACGGCCUUCAGGAUCCAUCAGUGCCGGCAGCAGCUCAAGGAGCAGCACGAUCCCGAGGCCACCAAGGAGGCGGACACCACCAGCAGUCCCUCGCAGGCAGAUGACUUCUUGCCCUAGGCUUUUACUUUCUUUUCAGUUUAGGUGUUGGAAUUUGGGGUUUCUUCUACGAGUA